CUGUCGCCCUAAAAAAUGUCUCUCCGCCGAUUCAUAUCUUCAUAUCUGAUACUCACAUUCUCUGUCACUUCUUCAGUGACAGCAACCGCGAAGGAGCAAACUUUAAACACCCAAGAAGCUGAAUUCUUUAACCCAAAGCUUCCACCACGAACCCUUUCGUCGUCGAAAAAAUUCGAAGGCUCGUCGAACAUCGUCGACCUCCGUUACCAUAUGGGUCCGGUUCUUUCCUCUUCGCCGAUCAAUAUUUAUCUUAUUUGGUACGGUCGUUGGUCCGAAUCACAGAAGCUCCUUAUUAAAGACUUCAUCAACUCUAUCUCCCCUUCCUCUGCCGCUUUCUCGCCGUCCCCUUCCGUUUCCGAGUGGUGGAAAACCGUUUCUCUCUACACCGACCAGACCGGAGCCAAUGUUUCCCGGAACCUCGUCGUGGCGAAAGAACACUCGGACACGCGUUACUCCCACGGGUAUCACCUCACGCGCCUUUCGGUCCAACAAGUCAUCGCCACCGCCGUUAAAGCGGCGCCUUUCCCCGUCGAUCACCGAAACGGGAUCUACUUGAUCCUCACCGCACACGACGUUACAGUCCAAGACUUCUGCCGGGCCGUUUGCGGCUUCCAUUACUUCACAUUCCCAUCCAUGGUGGGGUACACUCUACCCUACGCAUGGAUCGGGAACUCGGGGAAACAAUGCCCCGAGGUCUGCGCUUACCCGUUCGCCGUCCCCGGGUACAUGGGCGGCGGUGGUCCGGGUGCGUUGGUCCCGCCGAACGGAGACGUCGGGUUGGACGGGAUGAUCAGUGUGAUCGCCCACGAGUUGGCGGAGCUGUCGACGAAUCCGCUGGUGAAUGCGUGGUACGCCGGAGAGGACCCGACCGCUCCGACGGAGAUUGGGGAUCUUUGUGAGGGGUUGUAUGGUACGGGCGGCGGCGGAGGGUAUAUCGGUCAGGUUAUGAGAGAUGGGAAAGGGAGAACUUACAACAUGAAUGGCAAUAAAGGAAGGAAAUUUUUGGUGCAGUGGGUAUGGAGCCCUGCGUUGAAAGCUUGUGCUGGUCCGAAUGCCAUGGACUAAAUUUCCAAUUUUAUUUUAUUUUUAAUAUUUUUUUAUAUUUUUUUUUCUGGUCU